AUGUCGGGCUGGUUCACCUUGUUCACGAAUUGUCGCUACAUCCUCAACGGCGAGCUUGUCGAGGACCAUCUCGUAAUCUCCGAUGAGACCGGACUCAUCCUGAAAAGAGAAGGCUACAUCGGAGGCGAGGCCAUCGAUUUGGAAGACAGCAUCAUAGCCCCCGGCUUUCUGGAAUUACAUACUAAUGGAGCGAAUGGUUUUCACUUCACGCAUCAUGAAGACGAGAAGAUGUAUGCAAAUAAGGUAGAUGAAAUCGCGAGGUAUUACGCGACUCAGGGUGUCACGGGAUUCUGGGCAACCAUACCUACCGUAAAGAGUGAUGAAUUCCACAAGAUCCUUCCCUCUCUGAAGCCUCGCCAGAUUGCCUCUUCAGCAUCUCUUCUUGGAGCUCACACUGAAGGCCCAUAUCUACAUCCUACCAAGAAAGGCGCCCAUAACAGCUCCCUUUUCAGUUCUUGUUCAACAUCCCCUUCUACCGUCUAUGGAUCCUCCAAUCUGCAAUCCACUGUCAAGCUCGUGACCGUCGCACCGGAGCUCCCUGACUCAGCGGCACUUAUCAAGACACUGACGUCGCAGGGUAUCAAGGUAGCGAUGGGCCAUUCCUCCGCCACAUACGAAGAAGGAUUGACUGGGCUCAAGGCUGGAGCAAGUGGCUUGACGCAUACCCUGAAUGCGAUGCCAGCUUGGGCAUCGAGAGCCCCUGGGCUGGCUGGAUUGAUAUCGCUACCAGAAGCAGGAAAUAUUUCACCUCCAUGGUACACAAUCAUCGCGGACGGGGAACAUCUUCAUCCAAAUACCGUGUCUCUGCUUCAUCGCUCCAACCCGAAGCGGUCAAUUCUGAUCACUGAUAGUAUCGAGCUUGCAUCCCUCAAGGACGGGACAUACCCUGGUCACUCGCAGAUCCCUUUUGAGCAGGUCAAGAGCGGAACACGAGCAACAAUCGCAGGAACCGAUACGUUGAUCGGCGGAUGUAUUCCACUCCAGCAGAGUAUGAGGAACUUGAUGAACUGGUCUGGUUGUGGAAUCGCGGAGGCUGUAGGCACAGUGACAGAAAAUGUGGCUGCUUUCAUGGGUGUUGAUGGCGAAGGCGGUAGAGGUAUACUGAAGGAGGGCAGGAGGGCAGACUUGACUGUAUUGAGUGAGCAAGGCGAAGUACUUCAAACAUGGGUCGCUGGACAUAAAGUAUGGGACAGAGAAGAAGAUAUUCGAGCAUAUGAGGACGAUGGUGAAGCGAGAGGUUAA